AUGACCAAGGCGCCUCAAGAUCUCAAAGAGGGCGACGAAGUCUCGUAAGUUCAGCUCCGCGCUUGCCCUUGCCCUUGCCCAGCCCUUCGUCGCUCAUCCUAACAACCUUUGAACCGCCUGCUCGCUGCAUCCGCGCGUGCGCAAUACUGCCUUCGCAGCUGGAAGUGGGGUCAAGGACAUCCAAAGGGAGAGGUCAAGGAGGUUGUGGAAGGAGAGGCUACGGCCACUUCCAAGAGGGGCAGCGAAAUCAAGAAGAAGGGAGAUGAGGACAACCCUGCCGUCGUCAUCCACGUGAGUCGGUCUGUCUGAUCCGUGAUCGGCUUUGCUUCUGUGCUCCAAGUGCGCGCGCGCGCGUGCGCGUGCGGGAGGUAGGUAGGAGGAGGGAGAGAAGUGGAAAUGCUGCUUAUUGUUACCGAGCGCAAGGCUCGCAAUGGACUACCAGCAAAGCGCAUCGCAGCUCGUCGCUGACAUUGCUCCCUUUGCGCGCUCUCGCAGACCAACUCCGGCUCAGACGGAGUCAAGCUGGCCAGCGAACUGGAUGGCGUCAAGCCUUGA